AGUUUACAAGGAUGAUUUCACACUAAUUAUAUUUGAUAAUCGUUCAGCAACCACAACAACAACAACAACAACAACAACAGCAACAACAAAGAGGUAAAGAAAAGAGAACAUAUUCAAUUAUGUCAUCAUGUAUCCAUAUCUAUAUCUAUCUAUAUAUAUAUAUGUGCGUGUGUGUGUGUUUGUGCGUGGGACUACUUACUUAUAUACACUUUAUACAUUUAAAUAUUUAAAUGUGAAAUUACCACUUCAAGUAAACCACCUUAAUAAUCAGUUUGUUUAAUAUAUUAUUUCUUUAACCAAUCGGAGAUUAUAUUUUAUUUUCUAUUAUUGAAGCAUACAAACACAAUUAGUUCUGUGACAACAUGACUAUAUAUAUAUAUAUAUAAGUAUAUAUAAGUAGUUAAAUAUAAACAAAUGAGACUACAUUAUUGAAACAAACCAUUUCAAUCUACAGUAACUAUUUCAGCUCAGUGAAAUCUCAUUUCAAAGUUUAUUACAUAAUUCUAUUUUGGUUUUGGUUUGUUUUUUUUAAAAAAAAGAACAAAUAAACAAUAAACAAUUUUGAAGGAUUCGAACAAGGAUCACAAUGAAUUAUUUUAUAACUACAUCAGUAUUUAUUUUAUUCAUUGUUAACUUCUGUUGGUAUAGUCCUGUGAAAAGUCAAUAUCCGCCCACGUUUCGUGCAUUUGACUUCGAGGAUGAAUAUCCAGAAAUACCUGGACGCUAUUCACCAUCAAUGAAUAAAGAUCGUGCAACACAUUUCAAUUAUAAAGAUAGAUUUCGUUGGAGUAAACGUGUUCCACCUUAUAUAACCGGUGGAAUUCGAUAUCGAUAAAUAAACGAACAAUAUUUACAGAAAAUGUAGACAUGUAUGUUCGUGUGUGUGUGUGUGCGUGUGUGUUUAUGUUGCCAAGUAACAGUUGUUCACUCAAUUUUUUAAAAAAAAUGAAAGAUAUGAUUACAAAUCAAAUACAUACAUUAUAUCUCAAUGUAAAACAAGGUUAAUGAAUGAGAAUUGUAAACAUUUUUAUGAAAUAAAAUACGCAUAGAUACAUAUAUGUCA